AUGCGCUUCUUCAAGUACCUUGUUUUUGCUGCCCCUCUCGCCCUGGCUACUCCCAGGCCGAACCCGGUAGCAGCUCCUAUGCCAGAAGGUGGUCUCCUCUCGGAGCUGCCUGCGCUUCUCGACGCGGUCAAAGGCCUCCUGAGCACAGACACUAUCAAUGACCUCCAAACUAUCGUCAAGGGCGGUGCAGUCCUUCUCGGCGGAGACACUCCGAAGAACCUACAGAAACUCCUUUCGAGCGGGAACAUCGAUAAACUACAGGCUCUCGUUGACAAUGCCGAUAAUCUUUUGACUCCCAAGUUUGUCAACGAGACCACAACUCUUAUUGACGCUGCGUCACCGCUCGUGGAUAACGUUUCGAAACUUUUGGCGGGACUUCUCGGAUCCUUGAUUUAA